UCUCGUUGUGAAAAAUUAAGUUGAUCUUUGUUAAGAAACAAUUGGCAGCCUAAAACCACUCCAGAGGAAUUCAUCGCAGAGGAUUCACACCUCCAACAUCUCAAUUCGACGCUUUACCUUCUUUCCCAACUGGCUGUUGAAGAGAGAUCUGUGAAAAAGCUCGGUGUAUAUUUUUGUCUCCAAUCCAAUCUCCUUCCGCUAUGCACAUCAAUGGAUCGAGUUCUCAAAGCUGCAAGAGCCUCCGGUUCUCUCAACCUAUCAAACCGUUCUCUCAAGGAAGUGCCCUAUGAGGUAUACAAAAGCUUGGAUGCAGUUGGUGAGGGUGAAAAGUGGUGGGAGGCUGUGGAACUACAAAAGCUGAUUUUGGCUCAUAAUGACAUUGAAUCACUAAGGGAAGACCUCAGAAAUUUGCCUUUAUUGUCUGUGCUGAACGUUAGCCACAACAAGCUUUCCCACCUUCCAGCUGCUAUAGGAGAGCUUCACAUGCUAAAAUCAUUAGAUGUUUCAUUUAACUUGUUACUCAAUAUACCUGAAGAAGUAGGAUCAGCAACUUCUCUGGUCAAGUUUGAUUGUUCAAACAACCAAUUAAAGGAUCUCCCAGGUUCACUUGGAAGAUGUUUAAAUUUAUCAGAACUCAAGGCAUCGAACAAUUGCAUUACCAGCUUGCCAGAAGAGCUGGUGAAUUGUUCGAAAUUGUCGAAGUUGGAUGUUGAGGGAAACAAGCUAACGGUGUUAUCUGAAAGUAUAUUUGCAUCAUGUAUCAUGCUCACAGAACUUAAUGCAUCAAAAAACUUGCUGAGUGGUAUGCCACAGAGCAUUGGAAGCCUUUCACGUCUCAUUCGUCUUGACCUUCAUCAGAACACAGGAAUUUCUUCAAUCCCGUCAUCAAUAAUGGGUUGCUCUUCCCUUGUGGAGUUCUAUAUGGGGAACAAUUUGUUGUCCUCAUUGCCAGCAGAGAUAGGAGCACUUCCUCGCUUAGGGACUUUUGAUCUUCACUCAAACCAGUUGAAGGAGUAUCCCGUUGAGGCAUGCAAAUUGCGUCUUUCAGUUCUAGAUUUGUCCAAUAAUUCAUUGUCUGGCUUGCCUUCCGAGAUUGGUAUGAUGACAACCUUGCGGAAACUUCUACUUAUGGGCAAUCCUAUGCGAAGCCUUCGAAGCACAUUGGUAAAUGGACCUACACCCGCUUUAUUGAGGUAUUUGCGAAGUAGACUCCCAGCUGAUGAAGAGUCUGCAGCUUCUACUCCAACAAAAGACAAUGUAGUUUCCAUGGCAGCUCGAAUGUCCAUCACUUCAAAGGAACUCUCUUUAGGAGGACUUGGUUUGAGUGCUGUCCCAUCCGAAGUGUGUGAGUCAAGGGAAGUCACAAAAGUCGAUCUUUCUAAAAAUUCAAUUGAAGAGUUACCUGCCGAACUUUCUUCAUGCGUUUCCCUUGAGGCUUUGAUUUUAUCCAGGAACAAGAUCAAAGAAUGGCCCGGUGCUAUUUUAAAGUCACUUUCUAACCUUUCAUGUUUGAAGUUGGACAAUAAUCCACUGCUACAGAUUCCAUCAAAUGGCUUUGAAGCUGCCUCCAAGCUCCGGAUUCUGGAUCUAAGUGGUAAUGCAGGUUGUUUACCAGAACAUCCAGCCUUUUCUAGCCUACCUCUGUUGCAAGAGCUUUAUCUGAGAAGGAUGCGUAUAUCUGAAAUUCCAUCAGAUUUAUUAGGAUUACAGAAAUUACGGGUUCUUGAUCUGAGCCAAAAUUCUCUUCACUCAGUUCCAGAGGGUUUCAAAAUUCUGACUUCUCUUACUGAGCUUGACCUUUCAGACAACAACAUUACUACACUUCCCCCCGAGCUGGGAUUGCUUGAACCCACCCUACAGGUGUUGAGACUUGAUGGAAACCCAUUAAAAAGCAUUCGGAGGACAAUUUUGGAUCGUGGAACUAAAGCUGUUCUGACAUAUUUGAGGGACAAAAUUGUGGAGCACUAGUUUGUCGGCUAAGGAUUCCCUGUCCCCCAAAAAUUCUUGGCCCUAUGUACCAAAUCACUCAUAACCAUUGGAUAUGUCUUGGGAUUCUCAAAUCUUGAGAUUCUCAAAUGAUCCAAUGAUUAUGAGUGAUUUGGGACAUGGAGACAGAUUUUUGGGGACAGGAUCCUUACUCUAGUUUGUCCUCGUGUGUGUGUGUGUGUGUGUGUGUGUGUGUGUGAGAGAGGUGUGUGUGUGAGAGAGUAAUUAUCCUAUGUUCCGGAGAUUCGAUGUUAGCAAGAACUAAAUGAAUACACGAUCCUAUUUAAUUCUGGUGUGUGAGAGAGGGGUUGUGACACGUGAUUUGAGCAUGGGCUGAGCUAUGCAUGAAGUAGUGGGUUGAAUUGAAUCGACUGAACUUUGAUUUUUUAUUUUUAUUUUAUAGAACUAUGGACUAUUAUAUAAAA